AGAGAGAGAGAGAGAAAGAGAGAGAGAUAAGCUUGAAAUCGUAAAUUACAUUGUGAAAAGUCAUGUCGAAAACAAUGUUCGCGUAGCUGGAAAAUGAAGCGAAUUGUGUCGUGACGUUUCGUGAGGGGCCUCCUGUCCUCGAUCGGCGAACGCUCAAGGUUAAAACACUCACCGAAAUAGCCCCGCGUGUCCAAAUGCUUACGAUCUCGCAUUAUUAUAACCUACACCGUGUAUGCGAGCUUUGUAUCAGCUGAUGGACUCGAUGUAAACUGCGUGCACGAUUUUCCGCCGGAUUGUCCGAACAUCUCGUCGUCCCCAGGAUUCGUCGGAGGAAAAAUUUUGUCAUGGCAGAUCUCGCUUUGGGAGAGCUCAGUAGCGAUCAAACGGAAAAAGUACUGCAAUUUCAGGAUCUCACAGGUAUUGAAGAUCUAUCGAUAUGCAGAGAUGUUUUGCAGAGACACAACUGGAAUCUGGAGGUUGCUGUUCAGGAACAAUUAAAUUUAUACGAAGGUAGACCAUCCAUGUACGCACAGGAUUCGCGUGCUCGUCCACCACAAGUUGUAGAUGACAGUAGUUCGAGAAUUUAUUUUAGUUACCCCGGAAGUUCUGGUGGUGGAGGUGGUCUCUUAUCCUACUUUUUUUCCGUGUGUUAUAACAUAGUGAGCAGUAUCCUGCAGCUGUUAUUUGCAAUAUUUAGGAGGAACGUUAGACCUGUAUCCUCCGAUCCAGUGGAAGAUGUAGUCCACUUUAUUAGAUCCUAUGAGGAACGUUACAGUAACAUUCACCCAGUAUUUUAUCAAGGCUCAUACAGCCAAGCUCUUUCGGAUGCGAAACAAGAAUUAAGAUUUUUGUUGGUGUAUCUGCAUAAGGAUGAGACACAAGAAGUUGACCAAUGGUGCAGAAAUACGCUAUGUGAUCCACAAGUGAUACAGUAUAUAAAUACACAUACUUUAUUCUGGGCAUGUAACGUAAAAUCUGGAGAAGGUUACAAAGUUGCGGAAGCGCUGAAAUCGGGUUCAUAUCCCUUCUUAGCGCUUAUCGUACUGAAAGACAAUAGAAUGACAAUAGUCGGUCGAUUAGAAGGUGCACCAUCGUCCUCUGAUUUAACGUCGCGUUUGCAAACAAUCAUAGAACGUAAUGAAAUUAAUUUGAUUCAAGCACGUCGAGAAAGAGCAGAACGUAGCGCAGCGCAAUCACUUCGACAACAACAAGAUCGCGCUUACGAAGAGUCGUUACGUGCGGAUCAAGAGAAAGACCGCAAAAGAGAGGAGGAACGAAGAGCGCGGGAGGAGAAAGAGGCUCGAGAGAAGGAACAGUUAAACGCACAAGAAUUAGAGAUACAACGUAUACGACUCGAAAAGGAACUUACUAUUAGCAAAGUACCUUUCGAACCAGAACCAUCUAAUCCUAACGCGUGUCAUCUUCAAAUUAAGCUUGGAGAGAGGACAAUGAAAAGAAGAUUCCUUAUGACUGAUACAGUCAAGGACGUUUAUCACUGGAUAUUCAGUCAAUCAGAUUCUCCAGCAAGUUUUGAGAUAACAACGAGUUAUCCCAGAAGAAUUCUCUAUCCUUGUAGAGAUGUCUUAACUCUAUUAGAUGCUGGUUUAACUCAUAGAGAGGUCUUGCACAUCAACGAUCUAGAUGACUAAUUGCGACUGUUAUUUCGAUACAAUAUUCUUCGAAUUUUUGUGUCAUUCCAUGGGAAAAAUGAUGUCGUAAAAGACACUUAUCAAGAGAGAAUAAUACGAGCUCGUAUGCACACACACAAACACACACAAAAUACACAUACAUACAUACACAUAUAAUUA